UUUAAAGAGAAAUAAGGUGUUCGUUAUAUGAAUGAAUAAAGAGAAGAACUGAAUUUCAGUUGAUUCUUUGUUCAUAGGGAUUUCUUUGUUGUACGGGUGUUUCUUUGUUCUCCGUAGCAAAAUUCACAACACCAUACUCUCUUCCCCUUCAUCCCUUUAGCACAAUUGAAAUUGAAAAAAAAAAAAGUAAAAGAAAGAACAAGGAAACUUGUUCCAAAGAAAUUUUUCUUUCAAUUUCCAUUCGUUCCGUUUUACUUUGAACUAUCAACUACAUUCUCCAUUCCAAGCAUCUAAUUUCUUUUUCAUUUCUUCCUUUUCUUCUUUUUAUUUUCUUUGUCCACACGCGUCGAGUGUGGUGUAUAGACAGAUUCUCACCUAGAAAAACAGAAUUCGGUGAUAACUUGACGAAUUGGUCCCAUUCCAACUAGAUUCUUGCAUUGGUUUUCUACUUCUUUGGGGAGCAUUGAUUUUAUUUUCUCAAAGGUUGUGUUUUAUAUCUAGACGGGUUCGUUGCUUUUCUUUUUCUUUUUUACUUUUUUUCCUUACUACUACUCUGGGAAUAGUAGUUAUAAUAGUGGAGAGACUUUUUCUCCUAUUUGUCUCUAGAGUCUUUUUUUACUACGCGCGUUUUCUUUUGCGAUAUUUUCCAAUUGACGUUUACAAGUCUUUUCAAUUCACGGAUUUUAACCUGAUUUUCCCAUCAAUCUACAAAGAUUCGACCUUUUAAAUCACUUGAUCCUCUUUUACGUUUGCUUGUAAUAUUCUUUUCCUAUUUCUUUCCGUUAAUUCUUUUCGGUCCUAAUUUUUGAUUUCUCUUUGUCUCUUUUUUUUUUUAAUUAUAUUGGUUUUAUUAACGUUGGUAUUUGUGUUUUUCUAAUCCUUUUCUCCUACCGUCGCCCUUCUUUUUAUAUUUCGUUUCCCUUUUUUGUUGUUGUUUCCGAAAAAAUUCAAACUUGGGAAAAAGGUCGCGCAAACCCAUAUAUUGUCAUCUUCACUUUAAAUUUCCUUUUUUUUUUUGUGUGUUGAUUUUCUCGCGUCAUAACGAUUCCUUUUUUUUUUCAAUUCAUAUCUCUUCAUUUAAAAUUGUACUACGGGAGAAUUUCUCAAUUUCAGCCGAAAGUCUGAUUUUGAUCUAAAAUUACUUUUUCAUUUCAUAUUCUGCUUUUCCUUUUCCUUAUUCAUUCACCGUCCGUUCUCAUCUCAUCUCUUUUGUUUUGUUCAUAUAUACUUCCCUACUCUCUCUCCCAUUCCCAUUUCUUUCUAAAGAAAAAAAAAAUUAUAAAAGUGAUUCUUGCUUCGUUUUGCUUGUCUUUAUGAACAUCCUCUAUCCUAUUUCAAGUCAAUUCCUUAUCUCUUUACUUGUUGACCCCUUUCUAGUUAAUCCUCUCAUCUUAUAAUCCUUCUAGUCAUUCAUCGUGUGCAUUCGUAUUCUUUCACGGGAAUUCCGCCUAGCCUCCAUUCUCUUUUCUAUCUAACGGCCGAUUGAACCCGGUCUUUUACCGUCUCAAUAUGCGUUUGGCUCCCGAAGCUCGCAUAGGCGAAACAUUAGAUGAUUCGUUGCGCUUUAUUUCAGUCAUUGGCGUCGGUGCAUAUGGUGUCGUCUAUAAAGCAGAAGAUCUUUACGAUGGUACGUUAUAUGCAGUGAAAGCCUUAUGCAAAGAUGGCCUGGAUGCAAAGCAAAAAUUACUACAAUCUAAAGAAUUGUAUUUGCAUGCGCGCGUACAGUCUCAUCCUAAUAUAUUGUCUUUAUACCGUGUCUUGGACACCGAAGAUACAAUUUAUGUGGUAUUGCAAUAUUGUCCUGACGGUGACUUAUUUACCUGCAUUACCGAAAAAAACCUCUACCGUGGUAACGAUUCCUUGAUAAAACACGUCUUUAGUCAACUCAUCAGUGCUGUUCAACAUUGUCACUCAGUUGGCAUCUAUCACCGUGAUUUAAAGCCCGAAAAUAUCCUCGUAGACAAUGAAGGGCGUACGGUUUACUUGGCCGAUUUUGGUCUCGCAACCACGGAUGAACUCUCAAGUGACUAUGGUUGCGGCAGUCUAUUUUACAUGUCUCCCGAAUGCCAGCGUGAAUCCUCCAACCCAAAUGCACUUUCUUGCGUGGGUUAUCGAGCAUGUACACCGUUGACGAAUGAGUCAUCCGAGAAACCUUCUUCCGCGUUUGGUACGGCACCCAACGAUGUUUGGGCGCUAGGGAUUAUACUCAUUAAUUUGUGCUGCCAAAGGAAUCCUUGGAAACGGGCAUGUUCCCAAACCGACGGUACGUAUCGCUCCUACGUGCAAAAUCCUUCGACUUUGUUGAGCAUUCUGCCCAUAAGCCGAGAAUUGAAUUCCUUGCUGAAUCGUAUUUUUGAUCGAAACCCAAAAACAAGAAUAGGAUUACUGGAGCUUUCAACUGUUGUCAGUAAUUGUAAAUCGUUUACCCGAAGAAUGCGUCCAGCUCCCCUAGUAUCCUCAAAAUAUCUUGCCUACCAACGUCAACAACAACAGGAAAUCCGAAAUAUGCAAGAAGCAAAUGGGUAUGUAAAUUCAGCAUAUGCAUCGAAUCCGCAAAUUGGUCUUCCGUGGCCUCCUACACCUCAUCUUCCAAAUCAAUGGAAGUCACCCUACACGCCCACGCUUCCCGUCCCUUUUCCGGUGCUGACGCCAAACUCGGCGACCCCUUCCGAAUACAACAAGGUACCACCAAUUACAGCUCCAUUAUUUGCAACCGAUACGAACUGGCCUUGUCAUAACUCACCCGCUGGAAAUUACCUCCCUCCUACUCCUGUUCCAUCUCAAAAUGAAUCCGACUUUUUAGGAUACUCGGCGCAUAGAGCACCGAUGGUAGCUGCUUCUCCUUAUGCCACGGGAUUUGUAUUGUGUCCGGCGCCACCGGGACGAAGCCCGAACUUAAUGGAUGCUCCACGAAAAUCACUUUAAGCGUUGAUGAGUUCCUUUCUUCCUUCGGACGUGAAUUUCGUAGGAUGCUUUUGUUUUCUCUUUUUAUAGUUUUUUUUCCACCGAUUUGCUUCAACGAAACAGCGCUUGGCCCUUUUUUUUUCACUGAUGUAUUUGUAUUAUUUAUGUAUAUUUGCAAGUAUUUGGCUUGCUCUUUAAUUUUCCUUUUUUUUCACGGUUUACUAGUUUUAAUGAAU